ACAAAAUUUUUGCUUGAUUCUUGCAACCUAACACUUGUCUAAGGCACUUCUGUCUGUCCAUGAUGGCAGAAGCAAAUAUUUCAUUGUCCCAAGAAGAGUUUACCUGCUCGGUGUGUCUGGAGUUACUCAAGGACCCGGCCUCAACUGCAUGUGGACAUAAUUUCUGCCUGGACUGCAUUCAACAGUACUGGGAUCAGAACAGCAACAUGGGCGUUUUCAGCUGUCCUCAGUGCCGACAAACAUUCAGCCCAAGGCCUGUUCUGGGAAGAAACGCCACAUUAGUUGAAAUUGUGGAGAGAUUCAAGAAAACCAUGCCCAGCCAUCCUCUACCUAAGAAUCACACUACUCCAGGAGAUGUGCUGUGUGACUUCUGCUCGGACAAAACAAUUCCAGCCGUGAAAUCUUGUCUAACCUGCACAGCCUCUUACUGUGAGUCACAUAUCAAGCCUCAUUAUGAUGUUCUGGCAUUGAAGGCACACCUACUGGUUAAUGCCCGGCAAAAUCUGUGGGAAAGGAUAUGCCCUGCACAUCAAAAAGUCAUUGACAUUUUCUGUAGAACUGAUCAAAUAUCCAUCUGCUGCUAUUGUGCAAUGACUGAACACAAGAGCCAUGACACAGUCAUAUCAAAGGCAGAGAGGGAAAAAAAACAGAGCCAUUUAAAUAUGAAGCAAACUGAAAUACAUCACAGAAUUGAGGAGAGGCUGCAGAAACUUGCAGAGCUCAAAGAGGGUAUGGAAGCCUUUAAGAGGUCUGCUCAGAAGGAAAUUGGGGAAACUGAGAAGUUCUUCACUGAGUUAAUUCAUUCUAUUGAAACCACAUGUAAAAAAAUAAUUGAAAUGAUCAAGGAUAAUGAAAAUGCUGAAGUAAAGAAGUCUGAAGGUGUUAUGGAGCAGCUGGAAAAUGACAUUUCUGCAUUGAGAAAGAGAAGCAAAGAGUUGACAGAGCUUUCUGAAACAGAUGAUGACAUCAUUUUCUUGCAGAAUUAUCCUACACUCAGCACACUUCCUGGAAAUGAAGAACUAUCAGACAUCAGCUUCUGCUCUCAUUUUUCCGUUGCCGCUUUGACGAGGCACAAAGAUGAUCUCAAAAGUGCAGUUGAAAAACUCUGCAACUGGGAAUUACAGACAGUUACACAGGAUGUGGGUGUACCUCCCAUCUACAGCCUGCAACCUGUGGAAAUGAAACAUAGAGAACAAUUUUUAAAAUUUUUCUGUCGGCUCAAGCUGAACCCGCUCUCAGCCCAUCGUCAUCUCCAUCUCUCCGAAGAUCACAAGACAGUUUCUUGUUCCAGUGAGAUUCAGCCCUACCCCAGCUUCCCUGCUAGAUUUCACCACUGGCCUCAAGUCCUUUGUGAAGAAGCUCUGGCUAGAGAUUGCUUCUACUGGGAAGUGCAGUGGAGUGGCUGCCCUGAAAUAGGAAUCACAUAUAAAGGCAUCAGUAGGAAAGGUGCUGGUGUCAACUGUCGACUUGGUGGCAAUUCUAUCUCUUGGUGUCUUAGCUAUUAUGGCGCUGGUUACUAUGCUUUGCACAAUAAUAAACCAACUAUAAUUAGUGCCCCCUACUCCCCCAGAAUAGGAAUAUUCCUGGACUAUAUAACUGGCACUUUGUCUUUUUAUAGCAUAUCAAACUCAAUGAAACUUCUGCACAAGUUUCAUGCCACUUUCACUCAGCCACUGUAUCCUGCCUUUUUGCUUCAAAGUGAUGCAAGUGUAACAAUUUGCCAACUUGAUAAAUAAGUCUCACUAAUUUCUUUGCUUCAUCCACAGUGACUCCAAAGUAGAUUCUGAGGUUCCAGUUCAGUAAGUUAAGGUUCAAAAUGCACUGGCCUGGGUCUGCCAGACUUUCACUGUGCAUAUUAUUCUAUGUCUUAUUGUUGUGAUUGUUUUCAUUUUCUCCAUUACUAUAAAGCCUUUGGCUUUUGGAGUGUACUCUCUAUAUCAAAUUUUCUAUUUUGUUUGAACGACUUUCAGUUUUUUUGGACUUUUUAAAUUCUGACUCUAUUCCUAGAUAUAUUUGGGUGUUUCCUUCCACAUCCCAAAUUUGUUUGUAUUCAGUUUCUAGGUGGUGUGAGCAUUUGGGGGCAUUGAAAAUAAACAAGUGAAUAAGUGAAUACAGUGAAAUAGAUUAUCUAGUCCAGGGGUGCCCACACAUUUUCAGCUUGUGAGCUACUUUUAAAAUGACCAGGUCGA